GCGGCCAUCCCUGCGCGCCAUGGCGGAGACAGACGCUAACCUGUUGCGCCACUUCCCGCUGCUGCUUCCUCAGAACCGGGAGAAAACAGUGUAUGAGGGAUUCAUUUCGGCUCAGGGAAGCGACUUUCACCUUAGGAUAGUACUGCCUAAAGAUCGGCAGCUGAAGAAUGCAAGAUUACUGUUUAGCUGGCAACUGAAAAAUAUACUUAAUGAAUACCGUCAAAUAGUCCAACAAAGAUUGAAGCAGUCUCCUGAUCUAGUGAGCUUUAUGAUGGAGUUGAAGAUGCUUUUGGAAGUUGCUUUAAAGAAUCGACAAGAGUUGUGUAUACGACCAGCUUCUCGCAGUUUCUGCACAGACCUUCUUAAUGAGAUAGGAGCUGUUGGCUGGGAUAAGCUUGUGUGUGUGGAUACUUCCUUCAGCACCAUCAAGUUAAAAGCAGAAGAUGCUUCUGGUAGAAAGCAUCUGAUCACUGUCAAGUUGAAGGCGAAGUACCCUGUAGAGCCACCAGAAUGUGUUGUGGACUUUCCUGUUCCAUUUUCUCUUUUCUGGACACCACAGAGCUCCUUGGUAAAUGUCCACAGUCAGUUCUUGGCAGCACUGGACUCACUGAAGGUAUUCUGGGAUGUUAUGGAUGAAAUUGAUGAGAAGACCUGGGUUCUGGAACCAGAAAAACCUCCCCGGAGUGCAACAGCACGCAGGAUUGCAUUGGGGCAUAAUGUUUCCAUCAACAUAGAGGUAGACCCCAGGCACCCUACCAUGCUUCCUGAGUUCUGCUUUCUUGGAGCUGACCACGUGACAAAACCCCUGGGAAUCAAGCUGAGUGGGAACCUCCAUUUAUGGGAUCCAGAAAAUAGUCUGUUACAAAAUUUGAAAGAUGUUUUAGAAAUUGACUUUCCAGCUCGUACUGUCUUGGAAGGAUCUGACUUUAGUAUGGACUGUGGGAUCUGUUAUGCCCAUCACCUUAAUGGUGCCAUUCCUGAUCAAGUGUGUGAUAAUCCCCAGUGUGGACAGCCUUUCCAUCAAAUGUGCUUGUAUGAGUGGCUGAGGGGGCUGAGCACCAGCAGACAGAGCUUCAACGUCCUCUUUGGUGACUGUCCCUAUUGUAGUAAGCCAAUUACCUUGAAAAUGUCUGUGAGAAAACCCUGAAGGAAGAAUGAGACACCUGUAAAGAGAUGGGAAUCCUGAAACAUUGUUUAUAAAGAAAACAAACCGAUUUAUUUGAAGACUUCAGAGAAAAUACAAAGCGAGAAAAACUAAUAUGAGCAGGCAGACUACAGUGAGUCCAUAGUAAUACACAUCUGCCUUCGUCUCCUCACUGAGAGACACCUGGGAAACUGCCCUA